AUGGCGAGCGCCCCUGCUGACCAGGUGCAGUCGCUGGGGCAGGUUGCGUACGACGCCGGGGGAGACGGCAAGCUCACCUUUGAGGAGGCGUCGUUGAUGGCCAGCGGUAGCAAGUUAGACUACCACCCCUCGAAGUGCGUCAAGAAAGACAGGUUGGCUUUCGCUGGUGACUUUUCUAUCUUGGACUUUCCUCUGCUACCGAUGCAGAUCUUCAUCGUUCGCCAGAAGCCAGAGGACAGCGAGUGUUCGGCAUGCCGCAUCCUCAAGGUCGUUUCUUUCGAGAAAAACAGAGUCGAUUCUGCGACCAUCCUCAAGUGUGCUCGCGGAGAGGCCCACAAAAUCGACUACGGCAAAAACUUUCGGACGGGGUCGAUUGCGUUCCAGUUCAUGCUGGAGAAGCUCGAGGGCUAUCAAAUGCGGUACUUCACGAUCAAGCCGCAGCGCGAGCGGAAGCAGCCGCUACAGGGGGGCGAGCGCGCGCAGGGUUACACGUUCACCCGUGAACACGGCCCCCGCAGCAAUAACAGGAACCAGUUCAUGGAAUGGGCUGACGCAGAGGUCAACAGGGAGGGUUCGAAGAUAUUCGGAUGGCCUGCGUCCGAGGUGGAGACUGCGCUGCGCAACUACCAGAAGGGCAGGGCGAAUGCCAAACCGAUCUCGCGCUGGAGUUUGACGCUGAAGGACUUCUCUGGAUGGUUCCUCAAUGGCGUCCUCCGCCUGAUGAUUGGUGCGCUCCACAUGCACGGGGUGCUUUGGGUCGGGAAGUCCAGAGUUGGCAAGAGCAGCGGUUCGAAGACGCUUGCAUGGGUUCAUUCGGCGUACAGCAUACAGAAGAAGGGUACCGCCGAUGAGAUCGCUUUCCUGACGGUGAAGCACAUGGAUUUCUUCAAGGGCGAGCCGACGACGGAGAUCCUCCCUGGCAUUUUCGACGACGGCCUGCUUCAGAAGGUUCGGUGGCCUGGCGUGGCCCACGCCAUUGCCGCCCGCGGCUUCCAGGGAGUAUCCGCUGAUCUGCUCAAGGAUUUCUUGAACCCCAAGGAAGAGGGCGCUCUGCUGCGGGCUCGGUGGGGCGGCUGCGCUUUCGAGCAAUGGUUGUGCAGACAGGCCGCCGCGAACCCCUACGACCGCGACGCGGAGAAGGCGGCGCUAGAUGCCGCGACGCUAAACAAGUGCGGCCUCGACCUGCUCAAGCGUAUCAUCACGCCGUCUCUGGGGGAUGUCAGGACAGAGGAGGACUUCAACGCCAUCCUCGCCAGGGCGCACGUCAUCGUGGUGACGGACCUCGGCGUGCAUUGGCGCGUGGCAUCCGCCAACCUGCAGGAUGGUGCAGAGUUCAUGCCGCGGCCCAACCCCAGGAACCCCGACCUCUUCGCCAGCGCAGUGCGGGACACGACGUCGCCAGCCAUCCGCCCGCUCCCCUCAGACUACGCCGAAAAGAUGGCUUGGUCGAUUGGGUACAUGAGCAAUGUGGUCGCGGGCCUUGACGUGCCCACUAUUGCGACUAUCCGUGUUGCUCCUAUCUUCGGCGAUGGCCCUGCGCGCGUUGUCUCCGCUGUCGGCGACGUUUCAGGGUUCGAUCCAGGCGCGGCCAGCGCUCCGUUAGCCUCCGCGGCCGCUUCGGCGUUUUCCCAGCCGCCAACCGAGUUGUCCCAGGAAGAGGACGUGUUCGGCUUCGGCGGCGGAAUGGACGAACCGCCAGAAGACAGCUCGCGCGCCGCCAGCUCCGCGCAGCCCAACAUCGUUGGGCGUUGCGGCGAGCUCACCAAGGAGGGCCAGGACGAGCAGCUCGCGAUUUUCAAGAGCCUCGCCAAGGCGGACCACGGUGCGUUCGAGCACUUGUCCUCGCCUCCGCCAGUGAAGAGGGCGAGGGGGCUCAUGAUGGGCUGCGGUGGUCCGUUGCCACCCGUGGGUGCCGAUGAGCAGAGGGCGAUCUUCGCUUCCAUUGCCGCCUCGGCCCACGGUGAAGCGAUCGACGUCGAGGAUGGCGACGGUCUGUCGGCAGAGCUCGCGCGCGUGCUUGACGAGGGGGGGCCGCCCUCUGAGUCGGCGACGGCGCGCCGCAGCGAGGCUGACUGA